AUGCUUAUUAAAUACAGAAAUUUCAUUUAUUUAUAUUUUAUUCUAAUGGCUGCAUCCAUAAUGUCAAUAUCUCCAGAUAUGGAAAUCAAUGGAUUAAUCGAAGGAUUUUAUUGGUCGAAUUCGAAUGCAGUUCAAGGUCAGGCCAGUUUCUACUCGAAACAACAACGUGAUAAUUUGAUUUCACUGAUGGAUGAAGGUUUAAAUUAUUAUAUUUUUUGUCCUCACGAAACUGGAAACGAUGCAUUUACAAUGACUCUAUGGAAUGCACAGCAAGUUAUAGAAUGGUCGGAUACUAUUUCUAAGGCUUCGAAUGUUUCAAUUGUUUUCGGCUUACGACCUCAAUGGAUCGAGAAUGUCCAAACAUCAUUGAAAACAAUUCAAUUGAAAUUAGAACAAUUAGCUUCAGUUGGUAUUCGUUACUAUAUUUUAUGUUGGGAUGAUUCACCUGGUGCUGGUACGAAUGCACAAAUGAAAUUACAAAGAGAUCUCAUACAAGCCCUUGUGAAUCAAGUGACAAACAUUGAACUAAUUGGUAUUAUUCCUUCUUAUUAUUCUCUAUCACAAAUAUCUAGCUCUACAAACAUCGAUUGGGGCAAACAACUUGCUAUUUUGAAUGAAAUUCCAACGAAUAUUCGAUUUUUUGUUACUGGAUCAGCAAUUAAUCCAUCAUCCAUUCAAAUAUCUGAUAUUCCUUCUUUGACGAAUCGUAAAUUCAUUUUCUUUGAUAACUGGAUAGCAGUUGAUUCAAAUUCUAGAGUGACCAUGACUUGGCCACCGAAUCGUGAUCCCAAUAUCUACCAUGCUGCUGAAGCAAUUUCUGGUUCGGUGUUAAAUCUAGCAUUUCCACCAGAAAGAAUAAUUCAUCAGAUUUAUGCCUUGAAGCAAAGAAUUAAUAAUCAUUAUGCUAACAUAAAUGCAGAUUUAGCAGCUGAAUAUUGGGCAAAGAUUGAUCAAUGA